AUGUCUGGUUCGUGGACGGCGCCCCUCCUCGUGUCGCUGCUGCUCGGGCUCGCGUUGGCCGAUGUCGCGGCGGCAGGCGGCGCCAAGCCCCUGACGCCGGGCGGGCGUCAGGUGCACCACAACCACGGCAAGUUCACGGCUGGCCCGUGGAAGCCCGCGCACGCGACGUUCUACGGCGGGCGCGACGGGUCCGGCACCACGGCGGGAGCGUGCGGGUACAAGGACACGGCGGCGGAGGGGUACGGCGUGCAGACGGUGGCCGUGAGCACGGUGCUGUUCGGCGACGGCGCGGCCUGCGGCGGGUGCUACGAGGUGAGGUGCGUGGACAGCCCCGACGGGUGCAAGCCCGGCGCGGCGGCCCUGGUCGUGACGGCGACGAAUCUGUGCCCGCCCAACUACGAGCAGUCGGGCGACAGUGGCGGGUGGUGCAACCCGCCGCGGGAGCACUUCGACCUCAGCAUGCCGGCGUACCUCCAGAUCGCGCAGGAGAAGGCCGGCAUCGUUCCCAUCUCCUACCGCAGGGUGCCGUGCGUGAAGCAGGGCGGGAUCCGGUACACGAUCACGGGGAACAAGUACUUCAACAUGGUGAUGGCGACGAACGUGGGCGGCGCCGGCGACGUGGCGGCGCUGACGGUGAAGGGGAACAAGCGCGUCAAGUGGACGCCGCUGAAGCGCAACUGGGGACAGCUGUGGCAGACCGGGGAGGACCUCACCGGCGAGUCGCUGACGUUCCGGGUGAUGACCAGCGACCACCGCAAGGCCACCUCGUGGCACGUCCUCCCCAAAGACUGGCAGUUCGGCGUCACGUACCAGGCGCCCAAGAACUUUUAGGAGACGAAGUCA